AUGUGCUUGUGCUCGUUCAAUAUCCAGCCGUUCGUGCCGCAGUGGGCGUCCUCGGCCUGCAGCGACCUGGGGCUGCGCAAGCUGGCGCCCGUCAAGUCCUCGCGACCGCGGCGCAAGGUGCGCCACCGCCACGCCAAGCGCGCGUGGUGCGACAGCCUCAUCUACUCCAACCUGGUGUACGCGCUGGCGGCGCUCAUCUCGUUCAGCUGCGACCAGAACUUCUGCGGCGUGCUGCAGAUGGGCGCGGCCGUGGCCUCCACCAUGUUCCACCGCUCCAAGGAGACCAAGUACCUGCUGCUGGACGCGCUCAUCAGCGGCACGCUCGGCGUCAUCUUCAUCUUCGCCGGCCAGCACACGCUCACCAACGAGUGGUACGGCAUCCUGGCCAUCAAGACGCUGCUGGGCCUGCUCUGCAUCUUCACGUGGCUCUACUGCGGCAUGCCCGGCGGCGAGCGCUACGACAAGUGGCACAAGCGCUGGCACUACGUGUCGGGCGCGACCACGAUCUCGACCACGCUGUUCCUGACCAUGUACCUCCCGGAGUUUGAUCUGCUCAUGCACGAGCUCAUCCAGGACAUUGUUAUCGUCAGAAGCAUGUUUAUCUAA